AUAGGUAAUUCUUUAUAUCGAUACUAGGUAGUCAGGAAGCUCUGCUCUUGUCCGGAAACGUGCCUGUGCCGCCCGGAGUGCAGAACUGCUUCUUGCCCCGGCAAUUGGUUUCUCCCUCUGUCCACUACUGCGUACUUGCACCCGGCUUUGGGAACGGAUCGUCGCGGGCUGCGAACCUCGGAGACGCGGGUGCGAUACUCCGCUCCGGUCGACCUCUUUUAACCCCAACAUGCAGAUUCCGUCCCUUCUUCCAUUUCCCCGUCGUUGCGCCCAUCCUGAUAUCUCCCUCCUUCCCUCCCUCUCCUCCCCACCCUGCAUCUGAUCUUCUUCGGAGAGUUGCCCUUCUCUGCCCUCCUCCAUCAAUCAAUCCAUCGCAAUGGCUCCUAUUACGGAAGAGGUCGUCACCGGCCUGAAGGACACUAUCGGCAAGCUUGAGGCCCGGAUCGAAGACUUGGAAGGACGUCUCACCAAUGGAAACAAGCCCAAGUCUGUCGCAGAGCAGAUGCGCAUCAUCCUGAUGGGACCCCCUGGUGCAGGCAAGGGUACUCAGGCUCCUCGCCUCAAGGAGAAGUACUGCGCGUGUCACUUGGCUACCGGAGACAUGCUGCGGUCCCAGGUCGCCAAGAAGACUGACCUGGGUAAGGAGGCCAAGAAGAUCAUGGAUCAGGGCGGUUUGGUCAGUGACGAGAUCAUGGUCAACAUGAUCAAGAGCGAGCUGGACAACAACGCCGAGUGCAAGAAUGGCUUCAUUCUCGACGGCUUCCCUCGUACCGUUGCUCAGGCUGAGCGCCUGGAUGACAUGCUGGCGAUCCGCCAGCAGAAGCUCCAACACGCUGUGGAGCUGCAGAUUGACGAUGCCCUGUUGGUUGCACGAAUCACCGGACGCCUGGUCCACCCUGCCUCCGGCCGAUCAUACCACAAGAUCUUCAACCCCCCUAAGGAUGAGAUGAAGGACGAUGUCACCGGCGAGCCCCUGAUCCAGCGGUCCGAUGACAAUGCCGAUACGCUGAAGAAGCGUCUCGGCACCUACCACUCCCAAACGACCCCCGUUGUUGAAUACUACAAGAAGACCGGUAUCUGGCGGGGUAUCGACGCUAGCCAGGAGCCGGGUCAGGUCUGGAAGAGUCUCCUGGGGGUCUUCCACCAGAAGAACUAAAUCAGGUUCUUGACGUCAAAUGAGUGCAACAGUGAGUGUGGUGUAUAAUAGCUGUACAUCCUAUUUUCUGGGCCCUUGGCAGGAGGAAGGCGAUAAUACAAAACUAGCACUUUUUUUUUUUUUUUUUUUUUU